AUGGUAGCUUCUGAGUCACUCCAGUGUUUAUUACCAUCUGAAAAGAGAAGCUUCUCUGAUGAAAAAUUAGUCAUUGCUCAACCAAUAUUUAUUUUUGAAAAAGAAAAACAAACAUUUAAGAGACCUGCAGAAGACACCCUAUAUGAAGUGACAAAACACGAAUGUAACAGUUUCUCAAGAAAGCGCAUAAGGUCUUCAUCUUUCACUCUGCAGACGACGGACCUCCAGUCUCGAGGAGUGUCAGCAGUGUCUCAGAAGCGCCUGAGAUCUUCAUCCUUCACUGACCUCCCAACCUUCCCCCCUUCGGGGCCAGUAAGGAAAAACAAUGUUUUCAUGACAUCAAGUCUUGUGCAAAGGAAUGUUGGAAUGAACAGUACAGAACAAGGUCCCACGAAACAUUCUGAACAUGUCCUAAGGCCUUCCAUGCUGCAGCCUCCACCAAGUCAAAGCCGUGACAAAGGAAGCAAAACAGCUGGGCCUCAAGCUCCAGAACCCUGGAAGAGCAGUGAAAGCCCCGAACGCCAGAUUUCUGAGGGGAGCUUUGGUUUACCAGGUAAAAUUUCACCAACUGCCAGAAGUUCAAGCCAGCCAUCUGCAAGUCAGUGUUUUUUAAGUGUAGCAUCAGUAGGAUGCCAACCAAAUGAAGAUAAGUAUUCUUUUGAAAGUUACAGUUCUGACUUCGUUUUUGGAGAAAACAUGGUAGAAAGAGUUGUGGACACUCAAAAGCUGACCCAGACUCAACUUGAAAAUGAUUCCUAUGCGAAGGGAAAAACAUUCAAGUCCAUUCCAAAAUUUCCCAUCAACCCUUCAUAUUCAAGAACAGACUCUGCUAAAAAUAUAUCCCUAAUUGAAUCAGCUGCUGGUUUUUUCCCCCGGCCAUCCCGAAGAUGCUUGCUGGAGAAAAUUGAUGUCCUAACAGGGGAAGAAGCAGAAUAUAAUGUGUUAAAGAUUAACUGCAAGAUUUUUAUACUCAACAAAACAACAGAAUCCUGGACUGAAAGGGGCAGAGGAACUCUGAGACUGAAUGACAUGGCAAGCAGUGACCAUGGAACACUUCAGUCAAGACUGAUUAUGCGAAAUCAAGGGAGUCUGAGACUGAUCCUCAAUAGCAAACUCUGGGCCCAAAUGCAGAUUCAAAGAGCAAACCACAAAAAUUUACGUAUAACAGCUACUGACUUAGUAGACUAUGGCAUCAAAGUAUUUUUAAUACAGGCCAGUGCCAAAGACACGGGCCACCUAUAUGCUGCAAUACACCAUCGUCUGGUGGCCCUCCGGAGUGUCAGUGAGCAGAAAGAUGUCAGUCAAGCCGCAAGCCAAUCAGAAACUGCAGCGCUCCAGCAAUUAAGCUGUGAAAGCUGUGAUGAGGAAGAGGAUGACUUCAUCCAAGUCACUAAAAAUGGAUCAGAUCCUUCUAAGUGGAGUCACAGACAGUCGGUUGCCUGUUCAUGAGCACUAUCUACUGUAAACAGACAACAUCUGCAGAAAGACUGGUCACCAUAUUAACAUACUGAACCACCCUAACCACCGAACCACCCUAACCAAGAAGAUUUUAUUCAACCCUUGGAAUUAAUAGAGAAAAAUUUAAGACAAAUUCUCAUGAGUAAACAUUUUCUCUUAUGUUUCGAUUAUUAUGAAAAAUAACAAAAUUUAAGGAACAGACUGUAGAUCAAAUCUAUCAUGUUUAGAUAUUAAUUUAGAAUAAGACUUGAUAACUAAUUUGGACUAUCCAUCACAUUGAUGGACAUAAUUUUUAAAGGUAUAAAUUGAUAGAUUUGAUAAAUAUUUUAGACAUACAUUGUUUGGCUAUGAAACAAAUAGUUUACUAAAUUUCCAACCAUUUUUAAAAAAAUAAUUGCAAAGCAUUAAAUCAUGCUACCUUUUGAGAAAUGUAUAAUUUCACUUGAGCCUUUGAAUUUCUAAUAUAAAAGGUUAUAUUCAUGUUUGAAUUAUUUUAUGAAAGUGUGUUCUUGACCUGCUCACAACUAUUGCAUCUUGUAUGUUUGACUCAUGGGACAAGCUAUUAAAUGAAAUCACAAAAUCUAAAUCAUCUCUGUAUCAAAACAAGUAUGUGUAAAAGCCAAAUAUGAUAACCUGUUCUUUGCUUUACUUA